AUGCGUCGUGCAAUGGGUGCGGCGACGAGGUGCGCGCUGCUCUUGGCGCUGGUGCUCGUGGCCGCGGCACCGAGGAUGGCCGUGGGAGACGGCGACGGUGGUGGUGGCGGUGAGGCGAGGGAGGAGCAGGUCCUGAGCCUAUGGUCGUCGUCGUCGGCUAGGGACGGAGAAGCCGAGGACGAAGGUCGCUUCUUGAAGUCGGAGUGGGAGGACGACGAGGACGACGACGACGAGGAGGACCGCGUCAUGGCGGUGCAGGGGAAGGGGGCGUGCAGGAACGUGGUGAACGUCGACAGCUUCGGCGCGGCGGGCGAUGGAGACGGCGACGACACCCAGGCGUUCGCGAGCGCGUGGAAGACGGCGUGCUCGCUGGACAACGCAGUGUUCCUGGUGCCCGCCGGCCGCCGCUACAAGGUCGGCGCCAUCCAGUUCGUGGGUCCCUGCAAGGACAACAGGAUGAUCAUCCAGAUCCAGGGCACGAUCGUGGCGCCCGAGGAGCCGUCGGAGUGGGACCCCCGGAGCCCCCGGCUGUGGCUGCUCUUCUCGGGGCUCGCCGGCGCGCGCAUCCAGGGCGGCGGCGUCAUCGACGGCUCCGGCUCCAAGUGGUGGGCCAACUCCUGCAAGAUCAACAAGUCCAACCCGUGCAGGGGUGCCCCGACGGCGGUGACGAUCGACUCGUGCCGGGGCGUGCGCGUGCGGGGUCUCCGCGUGCAGAACGCGCAGCAGAUUCACGUGACGGUGUCCAGGUCCCGCGGCGUGCGCGUGGGCGGGCUCCGCAUCGAGGCCCCCGAGGACAGCCCCAACACGGACGGCAUCCACGUGGCCGAGUCCACGGCGGUGACCAUCCAGAGGUGCCGCAUCGGCACCGGCGACGACUGCAUCUCCAUCGUCAACGGCAGCUUCGGCGUCAAGAUGCGGGACAUCGACUGCGGCCCGGGCCACGGCAUCAGCAUCGGCAGCCUGGGCAAGGGCGGCGCGUUCGCGGCGGUGGCGGACGUGGCGCUGGACAGCGCGCGGAUCAGCCGCUCGCAGAACGGGGUGCGGAUCAAGACGUGGCAGGGCGGCGCCGGGUACGUCCGCGGCGUGCGCUUCGCCAACGUCGCCGUCGAUGGCGUCGACCACCCCAUCAUCAUCGACCAGUUCUACUGCGACGCUGCCACCCGCCCCUGCGCCAACCAGACCUCCGCCGUGGCCGUGUCCGACGUGUCGUACCGCAACAUCAGCGGCACGUCGCGGCUCGCCGAGGCCAUCAGGUUCGCGUGCAGCGACGCCGUGCCCUGCACCGGCAUCGUGCUCAGCGACAUCAACCUGCGCCGCGCUGAUGAUGAUGGCGAGGUGCAGACCGUGUGCAACUGCGCCGUCGGGUUCGACUACGGUCGCGUCCAGCCCGCCGCUGACUGCCUCCGCAGCAGCACCUGCGGCGGCGCGCCUGAUAAGCACCACCCCGACGACCACGACGAGGAGCAGGGGAAAGACGAGGCCGUCGUCCUGCACGCCGAGCUCUGA